UAAAGCCCCUCCCGUUGGCCAUCUAUUCCCCCCAGUCUGCGAAGGCACGCACGCAGCAUCGAAAUGUCGUCGAAGUCGACCAUGAUUCUGGGUUACUGGGAUAUUCGCGGGCUGGCGCAUGCCAUCCGCAUGCUCCUGGAGUUCACGGAUACAGCCUAUGAAGAGAAAAGAUACACGUGCGGGGAAGCUCCUGACUAUGAUAAAAGCCAGUGGCUGGAUAUGAAAUUCAAACUAGACCUGGACUUUCCUAACCUGCCCUAUCUCAUGGACGGUAAGAACAAGAUCACCCAGAGCAACGCCAUCUUGCGCUAUAUCGCCCGCAAGCACAAUAUGUGUGGUGAGACUGAAGAAGAAAAGAUUCGAGUGGACAUGAUGGAGAACCAAAUAAUGGAUUUUCGCAUGCAACUGAUACAACUCUGCUACAACCCUGACCACGAAAAACUGAAGCCUCGGUACUUGGAACAGCUACCUGGACAACUGAAACAGUUCUCCUUGUUCCUGGGAAAAUACUCAUGGUUUGCAGGGGAAAAGCUCACCUUUGUGGAUUUCCUCACCUAUGAUGUGUUAGAUCAGAACCAUAUCUUUGAGCCCAAGUGCCUGGAUGAAUUUCCAAAUCUGAAGGCUUUCAUGUGCCGUUUUGAGGCCUUGGAGAAAAUAGCUGCCUACAUGCAGUCUGACCGCUUCCUUAAGAUGCCCAUCAACAACAAGAUGGCCCAGUGGGGCAACAAGAGAAUAUGCUGAGCAGGAGGCAUACUUGCACUGCUUGUUUUGUUCCAUCCUGUCCCUAGGGGACCUGUACUUUCUCUUCUCUGCUCUUUUCAAUAAAUAGCACUGAGGCUACUGGUGUCCAGCUGGAUGUCUCUUGGGAGUAAAGGCCAAAGGAGAGUAAGGACAUGUUAUUUCAAUCACUGCAACGUUGACAUUCCCCCACCCCACACCUGAGUUUAAGGGCUAGAGGUUCUUGCCCAGCCCUUCAGAGUACUAGAAAUAAAGGUGAGAUUGCACAGCUGUAGAUGACAAGUGUGUUAAAUGAGACUAGAGCCCCUGUGAAGACCUGGUGAA